AUGGCGCAACCCAAAUGGUACGCGAUUGCUCAUCUCGACUCUCCAUUAACAUGGAAAAGUAUCUCGUUUGCAUCUCUGAGUCUCGUUCGUCUUUUGGUCAUCUUUGCUUCUGCAAUAAAGAUGUUUGCAAUUCCGCUGGCCCCGGACCUGUAUGGCAAAAAUCUUGGCCUGGCCACUUUAGCUAUUUCAAAAGUCAGGGCUUUGGGCGUGGGCUUAAGGUUUUUCUUUGGCCUUAUCUUUAGUCAAUAUUCAAGUACAGCUUCAACCUAA